GUUCGACUCCAAAAAAAAAACCCCCGAACCUGACUGACCUGACAAUGACACAUGGCAUUUCUUAUCCAAAUCAGGUGAAGCCCGCGAAUCCUUCCAAUUACCAGGCAGGAAUUGGUAAAGAAACCAAACCGUUUCCCGUUUCGUUUAGUGUAGCGUCGUUCAACAGGGCUUAACACUAGGGGAUUUGUUACAGUCACAGGGACCGGAACAGGGAACCGCUGAUGGGGAUGUGGUUGGUGGUCCCGCAAUGGAUGGCAGCUCGCCAAUCCCAAUCCAUCAUGCCCCAACCCCGCGUGAAUACUUCGUAGCAAGCUGCUGAUCGCCACCUUGAAAGAGUCCAAAUAUCAAUUGCCGUUGGGGAAGACCGAGGGACAAGGCGUUGUUUGUGGUCUGUCUUGUUAUUUUCGAGCUUCUCGUCGACGCCGGCGUGCUUGGCCUGCGUCCCAGAUCCAAGAUGCUCGUCAGAAUGAUCUGGACCAAGAAGCGGGUGGCUGCUCGACCGAACUUGUUCAACGGCGAACCGUUUCCGCAAACCACAAGCAUUGCAAGCAAGCAUCUCCAUGCCCCAUCCAGUCGGGGGCUCGUCCGCUUUGCCUCCCCCGCGUUCUUGCUCCGAUUGACUAAGGUCUCGGCAUAUCUUGGCGCCCCGUGGCACCCCCCCAGCUUGGCCCUGAUGCCCACUGAUGCCCUGAUACUUCCGGUCCACCCUCCCCAGAUUCACUGUAAAAAAGGCGGUCCCAAAUCUAUCUGCCGAAACCAAGAAAAAUGCAAAUGGUCUUGUCGUUGCUGCCAAUCUGCACCAAGGCGGCAGCGGUAUGGUUUUAGCCUUCCCCCCCCCUUCCCCCUCUAGCCCAUCAGCUAGGAUCGUGUGAAGUUUCUCUUUCCCAGUCUGCGCUAGCUAAGCAGACAACUCCAUCGUCCCUCUGGGGUACCCUUGUAAGCUGUCGUUAACAGCUUCACUACCAAGACCGUACCCAAACCGGUUAUACUCAGCCGAUGCCAGCAUCAUGGAUGUACAUAGCAAAGCUUUAGUGAGGGUAGUAGUCGAGUACAACAUCUACUACGUGCUUGCUGCUGGCGUCCCUGGUCUGGAUCACACACCAAUCCACCCCCAGACACACGGCGCUGCGACGUUCCCAACCAGCUGGCCCACGGCCUGAGGCAAACGGAUACCCUUAUAAGUACCCUCCACCUGCAGCCUGCCCCCCCUCGUCGGUAGCGUGAAAGGUUUGUCUGUUGUUGUGUUCUCCCCGUUCAUCGACUACCUCGACCACCAACCCGCCAACCCGCACUGUUUACUCCGGUCCUUGGUAACGUUCUUCCUGGUGUCAAACGUGCCCCGUUGCAGUCGGGAAAAAAAAAACCCCCAUCACCAUGGCCGACGUGGAAAAGGAAGUCGCCCAGCAGUCGUUGCAGGAGCGCACGGCAACCUCCAAGGAUGGCACCUCUUCCGAGGAGCUCGAGUUCGACUACACUGAGGAGGAGGAGGCCAUCGUCCGCCGCAAGAUCGACUGGCACACGGUGCCUCUGGUGACGCUCCUCUACAUGCUGUGCUUUCUCGACCGCAUCAACAUCGGCAAUGCGCGUAUCCAAGGAUUGGCCAGGGACCUCGACAUGGUGCAAGGCGUCAAGUUCAACUGGGCCCUCUCCAUCUUCUACAUCAUCUACCUGCUCGUCGAGGUGCCCAGCAACAUCCUCCUCAAGGCCAUCGGAGCGCGUUUCUACCUCCCACUUCUCGUCUGCGGCUUCGGCCUCGUCUCGUUGUGCACCGCCUUCGUCAAGGAUUUUGCUGGCCUCAUGGUCGCCCGUUCAUUCCUGGGUGUCUUUGAAGGAGGUGCCAUGCCUGGUAUGGCCUUCUUCCUGAGCUGCUUCUACAAGCGCAACGAGCUCCUGUUCCGCAUCGGUAUUUACGUCUCGGCUGCUUCCAUCGCCGGUGCUUUUGGUGGUCUCCUGGCCGCCGCCUUGUCCCAGAUCCCCUCGUGGGGAGCCGCGGGCGCCGAGAUCCACACGUGGCGCAACAUCUUCUUCUUUGAGGGUCUCAUCACCGUCAUCAUUGGUCUUUUGGCGCCCAUUUGGAUGCCUACUGAUCCGUCGACCGCCUACUUCCUCAACGAGCGCGAGCGAAAGAUUGCCGCUGAGCGUUUGUUGCGUGAGCACAGGUCUGAUCCCGCCAGGAAGGUCACCUGGGCCGAUAUCAAGGCUGCUGUUUUCUGCAUCCACAACUACACCUGCGCCCUGGCCUUCUUCCUCAUCAACAUCACCGUCCAGGGUCUCUCGGUGUUUUUGCCCACCAUCCUCAACGACCUCGGCUGGACCAACACCCAAGCGCAGCUUUACUCUGUGCCUCCCUACGUGUGCGCCUGCGUGGUUGCCAUCGCCGUGGCGUGGCUCAGCGACAAGUCCGGGCAGCGUGGUGUCUGGCUGGGUUCGUUUGCCUGCCUCGCCGUGGUUGGCUUCGCCAUCCUGCGAUGGGUCGAGAACACCAACGUUCGUUACAUGGCCGUGUUUUUUGUCACCAUAGGUGCUUUCCCGGGCGGCCCUGGUUUCCUUAGUUGGGCGAUGAACAAUUCUGCGGGGCCUUCGGUUCGGGCUGUCACCAGCGCCUAUGUUGUCACGCUUGGAACCAUUGGUGGUAUCGUCGCAACUUGGACCUACAUCUACUACGACGGUCCCAAGUACCACACUGGCCACACCAUCAACCUCGUUGGCCAAAUCGUCACGGCAUGCUGCGCCCUGUUUGGCAUCUUGUACUGUGCGCGGGAGAACAGGGUUCGGGCCGCUGGAAAGCGCGACCACCGUCUGGAGGGUCUGACCGAGGAGGAGGCCGAGGAGCUGGGCAGCAGACACCCUCGUUUCCGCUACUGGACUUGA